AUGAACCGUACCCCGCCAUCAAGUUUCUCCGGUGGCAAUGUGCCCGUUCACGAUUUAAGAAUAGUUGACAUCGAGACUUUUGAUCUCCGAUUUCCCACAAGCCUCGAUGCCUCCGGAUCCGAUGCCAUGAAUCCAGCCGGAGACUACAGCGCAGCGCACAUUCGCCUCAAGACCAACACUGACCUGGUAGGCCACGGAAUAGCCUUCACCAUCGGCCGCGGAAACGACCUUUGCACGGCGGCAGCAAGAAUGAUGGGAGAACGCCUCAUUGGAAAGUCGCUUGGAGAGCUAACCGAAAACAUGGGCAAGACAUGGCGGUAUCUUGUUGAAGAUUCGCAGAUGCGUUGGAUUGGUCCCGAGAAGGGCGUCGUUCACUUAGGACUUAGUGCCUGCGUCAAUGCCUUGUGGGAUCUGUGGGGUCGAUAUUUGAAUAAGCCUGUCUGGGAGGUUGUUUCUGACAUGACGCCUCAAGAAGUGGUGCGAUGUGUGGACUUCCGAUACAUCCUCGACGCUAUAACCCCCGAAGAAGCGAUUCUAAUGCUAGAGAAGGUUAACGAGACAAAGGAGACUAGGAGACAGGACGCCUUGAGCAACACUGCUGUUCCAGCCUAUACCACCCAGGCAGGAUGGUUGGGAUUCACAGAUAACCGAAUGAGAGAGCUCAUCCGAGCCAACCUCGAUGAAGGAAUGGAUAAGUUCAAGUUGAAGGUUGGAGGCAACAUCGAAGAUGAUAUUCGAAGACUUCAAAUCGCCCGGGACGAGAUCGGUCAUGAUCGGAUGCUCAUGAUUGACGCGAAUCAGGUCUGGAGUGUUCCAGAGGCCAUCGAUACCAUGAAGAACUUUGUCGUCUUCAAGCCAGUGUUUAUCGAGGAACCAACUUCUCCAGACGACAUCCUCGGCCACGCUGCGAUACGGGAGUCACUCAAGCCCUACGGCAUCGGCGUUGCCACAGGCGAACAUUGCCAAAACCGCGUCAUUUUCAAGCAAUUAUUGCAAGCCGGGGCCAUCGACUAUUGUCAAGUGGACGCCUGUCGACUGGGAGGUGUAAACGAGGUCUUAGCAGUACUUCUUAUGGCGAAGAAGUUCAACAUUCCAGUCGUCCCACACAGCGGAGGCAUCGGGCUGAACGAGUACACUCAGCACCUUGCUUUGCUGAACUACAUCUGUAUUUCGGGGCAGAAGAGCUUAUUGGAACAAAUCAACUCCUUUUCCGAGGUGUUAAAAGACCCGGUCCAGACUAAAGGGGGGUACUUCGUAACGCCAUGGGAAGCUGGGUACAGUGUCGAGUACAAGCCAGAAGCACUUGAUAUCUACAAGUAUCCAAAUGGAAGGUUCUGGCGAAGCGACCAGGGCAUGAAGAUCCGAAACAGUGCCAAAAUUUAG